AUAUCCGCUGGUGAUACUGAAGGCGCUGGCAAUCGUCUAAAUGUCAGCCAACGAGAGCUACAAUGAUAGCCACCGCGCAUUCCUGCAAGCCUUCAUGGCUCGCUCAACAAUGACAUACGAGCAAGCGAAACCUGUUCUAGCUGCCAUAUUUUCUGCCAGAGACCACCAAGAUACCCUCCCCGAAGACAUCACCCAAGCCGACUUCUCAAAUUAUAUCGCCACAAUAAACACCGCCAUCUCCCCCUUCGACCUCGAAAUCCGCUCCACGCGUUACCAGACAGAGCCUACCACCCGCAUCUACGCCCUUGUCAACACUACCAGCGACCCCCUCACCCAACUAGCCACCACCUACAACGCAAACGAGAUCGCGUUCGUCAAACGCGUCUUGGACGCCAUGUUUGAUACUUACAAUACCCCGCGGCUGGAGGCGAUGGCCGUGACCUCCAUGCAGGUCGCGCAGCUGGCUAAGGUGCCUAGGGCUUCUGAAAGGAGGGAGUCCGCCGCCGCUGCUGCUGCGAAUGGUGCACCCGCUGCCGGCGCGGCGCAAUCGCUGGGGAUACGUGAGGCGGAUGAUAUGAUGAAGAAACUCGUGGAGGAAGGAUGGUUUGAGGAGAGUCGGAGGGGUUAUUUCACGCUUAGUCCCCGCGCGCUUAUGGAGUUGCGCGGGUGGCUGGUUGCGACGUAUAAUGAUGAAGAGGAUGAUAAUGGUUCGGGGGCCGGUAGGAGGACUGCUAAGAUCAAGACUUGUUUGGCUUGUAAGGAUAUUAUUACCGUGGGCCAACGAUGUUCCCAGCGCCAAUGUCCCGGCCGUCUCCACGACAUCUGCACACAAAACUUCUUCCGCCGCCAACAAGCGGAGACAUGUCCGAUCUGCAAAUCGCAAUGGACUGGAGACCACUUUGUGGGCGAGCGGGCCAUUAUCGCUGCCAAUAAACAGUCAACAGCACGGAGACGGAGCGGGCGCCCAGCCGAAGGAGCUAGCAGCUUAGGCGGUCAAGGUGGCGCUGAUGCUGGUGAGAUGGCUGAUGCUGCUGGAUGA